UCCCAGCGUCUAAACAAUUUUCAGUUUUUAUAGUCAUUACACUCCAUACCGGUGAACCAGCUAAAUCACUUUCCAGGCUUCUAAUACUUUUAUAUAAGUCUUUUUGAGAAUUUUUUGUAACCUAAGCGUGAGAAUGGAAUUAAAUCGUGAUUUCGAGGAGAUAACCAGUUUAUUCGUCGAUCAGUACUACACUCUUUUUGAUGAUCCUGAAAAGCGAGAGGAACUGUGCAAUUGCUAUAAUUCUAGUAGCUCCUUGUUGAGUUUCCAGGGCGAGCAGAUUCGUGGCCCAAAAAUAAGUGAAAAGUUAAAAAAUCUGCCGGUACAAAAGAUCAAUCGAAUAAUAAGGUCCGUGGACUCGCAGCCCACCUGUGAUGGUGGAGUACUGAUCUACGUCCACGGCAGUUUGCAGUGCGAGGAGGAAGUACCUGUAAACUUUUCCCAGAUCAUCUUGCUUCAUAAUGGGGAACAAGGCAUUUUCAUAGCCCACGAUAUUUUCCGCACUGAAGUUAUCUAAAAUCAUGAAGCGAGGCGGAUUUAGUCCCUCAAGAAAACCACUAAAAAUUGUGUAGUCGAUCUCGAAAGAAUACUGGGUAAUCCGAGUUUUUCUCUUCAUAUUAUCUCCAGAAAUCAAAAAAAAUUAGGCUAAAAAUUAAUUAGGUUUUCAUAUUUUGUAUUUUACAUUUUUCACGUUCCAAAUUAAAUUUUAAAACUA